CGAGGUAAGAUCGAUACCGGCUUUCUUGGGCAUGGCCACUCUGGUGGGAGUCGUGGCUGCGGUCGCCGGCGCAGCCGUUGUCGCGCUGCUCUCGGCCGCGCUCGCGCUCUAUGGGCAGCCGCUGGACACAGCUUUGAAAAGAGCAUUUUCACUACAUAAAGUACAUUCAAUAAAAGAUAUGGAAAAUACUUUUCAGUUGGUGAGAAAUAUCAUACCUCCUCUAACCACCAAGAAACACAAAGGGCAAGAUGGAAGAAUAGGUAUAAUUGGAGGCUGCCAAGAGUAUACUGGAGCUCCCUAUUUUGCAGCAAUCUCGGCUCUCAAAGUGGGUGCAGAUUUAUCCCACGUGUUCUGUACCCGUGAGGCCGCACCUGUGAUCAAGUCGUACAGCCCGGAGCUGAUUGUUCACCCGGUUCUUGACAGCCCCGAUGCCGUUCAUGAAGUGGAGAAGUGGUUGUCCCGACUGCACGCCCUGGUUGUAGGACCUGGUUUAGGGAGAGAAGAGGCUCUUCUUGAAAACGUCAAGGGCAUUUUAGAAGUGUCAAAGGCCAGAGGUAUCCCCCUCAUCAUUGACGCAGAUGGGCUGUGGCUGAUAGCUCAGCAGCCAACCCUCAUUCAAGGCUACCGGAAGGCCGUUCUCACUCCCAACCACAUGGAGUUUGGCAGACUCUCUGAAGCUGUGCUGAAAGACCCCGUGGACAACGGUGAUCGCCGUGGAGCUGUGCUGAGACUCAGCCAGGCUCUGGGGAAUGUGACCGUGGUCCAGAAAGGGGAGCAAGAUGUGAUCUCCGAUGGCGAACAGGUGCUCGAGUGCAGCCAGCAGGGCAGCAACCGCAGGUGUGGUGGGCAAGGAGACCUCCUCUCAGGCUCCCUGGGCGUUUUGGUGCACUGGGCACUCCACGCUGGACCCGAGAAAACAAAUGGUUUCAGCCCUCUCCUCCUGGCUGCCUUCGGUGCGUGCUCCCUUACAAGGCAAUGCAGCCACCAAGCCUUCCAGAAGCACGGCCGCUCCACCACCACCACUGACAUGAUCUCAGAAGUUGGACCUGCAUUCAACACACUCUUUGAAACCUGAGCCGAUGCAAACAGGAAAAAGUGGGCACCAUGAUGGGAGCGACUGCUUUCAUAAUGGGAAAAUCCACAUCCAGUACAUCUGAAUCCUGUGUACCAGAGCAGCGCGGGCUGACUGGGAGGUUUGUAAGUCUAGGAUAUAUGGGUUGAUGUAGAGGAUUUUAGAAUGCAGUACUUUUUGGCUAAACUAAUAAGCAGUUUGAGAUGUUAUAAUGACACUAAACAAAGUAUUCCUAAACUUUUCUUAGCUUCCCAGCAAUAAGAGAAAAAAAUGGAGAAUCACUUGAAAAUGGGAAAUGCUUUCACCAGCUCAGCUGAAUUUUAGCUUGCUCCAAGGUCAGAAUUCUGUUUUAAUCCCUCUGAGCUUAUGUCUUCUCAUUCUCUCUACUUAUGUAUUUCAUGUUUUUUAUUUAUGCCAUAAGUUCUUAUUAAAUAGCCCUCACAAAGGGAUCCAGUCAUUUCCAAAUAUCUGAGUAAAUAAGUUUUCCACCAAA